AUGCCUGAGCUUUUUGAUCACGAUGGCAAGGCCGUCAAGCAUACACGUGGACGAGUGCGAGGCCUGAAAUACCAUUACAUUACCGCUGGGUCGGGCCCUCCACUAUUACUCGUCCAUGGUACGCCGAAGACUAACUUCUACUGGUACAAGAUCCUGCCGCUCUUGACGCCCUAUUUCUCUGUCGUUGCGCCUGAUCUGAGAGGGUUUGGCGCCACCGAUAAGCCGCCAGCCUCCGACGGCUACGACAGCGAAACAAAUGCGCACGAUCUCGCCGUACUGAUGUCUCAACUCGGACACGAAAAGUUCCAUGUCCACGGCGAGGACAGAGGUGCCGAAUUCGCCUAUGCGCUGGCCGCUGUGUAUCGCGAGCGUGUCCUUUCGCUGUCCUUUUGCGAAAUGCUUCUGAGCGGCCUUGGUUUGGAAGAAUGGACUCAUUUCAAACCCGAGAACUUGGCCGCUCAAUACGACCAGCGUGGUGUUUGGCUGUGGCACAUCCCGUUCUUUUUCAUUCCACAUCUGCCGGAAAUGCUAAUUCAGGGCAAGGAGGAUGAGUUCUGGACGCAUUUCAUGGUUGCCGAGUGCUAUAAUCCCAGUGCCAUUGAAGAGGAGGCUCGACAGGAAUGGAUCAUGUACUCAAAGCAACCAGGGGGUCUGAGGGGCAUUCUGGAGACCUACAGAGCAGCGUUGAAGAACGCAGAGUUCAACCAGUCGCAAGUGAAGAAAAAGCUCACAAUACCAGUUAUGACAGUUGGAGCUCCUGAGUUCUUCGGACCUCUGGUUAAAGAGCAGAUGGAAAAGGUAGCGGAAAAUGUGCAGUCGUCAGAGGUUUUUGAGGAAUGUGGACAUAGCCUGGCUUUAGAGAAGCCCGAGAGAUUAGCCAAGAUGUUACGCGACUUUAUGCUUACCAAAUAG